AUGCUGUGCAAUCAGAAAUGCAGCCAUUCAAUUGCCCGGAGGACGUUGGCUGGCUCAUGUUGGACCUCUUUCGUCUGUGCAUCACUUACCUCGUCAGACUCGUUCCCCUUUGAGUGGCUUCAAAAGACGGAAGACCUCAAGGUGCGUUGUAGGGACAGCACCAGAGAGAAGGUGACUUUUCCAACAACCCCACAGCUCCUACAAGCCAUCCACAAAUGCGAGAGAGUUACUGCACCGGAGAAAGGUCAGGGCCUCCCAAGCAACUGGGGUUUCUCUGGCUUCAUGAAGACCGCUACCCACCUGGUCCUAGAUGAGGUUCCUUUCACGAAGGUUGAAUGUGAACUACUGGCAGUCACCUCGAUCUUUUACCGUCAGAUGAAUGAGAUGGUGUGGCUUCCUGAGAAGGGCCUGUAUAUGCCCAAGCCCAUAUACAAGGAAAGGUUUCUUGGCGGCCACGAUCGUGACAUUCAUUUACGGGAAAGUAUGCAUAGUCCAAGCGACCUGCAACCCAUCGGAAACGUACCCAACGCUCACCUUGACGCUGAGGGCUAUAUAUACAACCUCGGCAAGGACAAUUACGACAAGGAGGUAGCCUUUGAUGUUCUGAAAUGGAUUUUCUGUCCUUCCGAGCCCGCCGGGGAGCUCGCUAUGAGAGCAAAGCAGUAG